CCCCUCCCCUUUCCAAACUAGAUUCCACGUCGUUUCGCUUCUAUUCUACCCCGCAUUAAUCUUUAUCCCCGAUUCCCCCACCCUUAUUUUUUCACAUCACAUAAAAAAACCCAACCUCUCAAUGCCACCCUAUUUUGAGACCUAAUUUUGGGGGAAAAUGGGGAGGAGGAAGCUCGAGAUCAAGCGAAUCGAGGAUAAGAGCUCGCGCCAGGUCACCUUCUCCAAGCGCCGGAAUGGAUUGUUUAAAAAGGCCAAGGAGCUAUCGGUGCUCUGCGACCUCGACAUCGGCGUCAUUAUCUACUCUUGCCGGGGGAAGCCUUACCACUUCUGCAGCACCAACAGCUUGAGUGAGAUUGUUCAACGGUAUCAUAAUCGGGCUGAGACAGAAGCAGGUCCCUCCAAUCAAGUUGGUGAGUCACAGGGUUACUUGUGUUCAGAAAUUUAUUUGAGUUUUGUCAAGCUGCCGGCAUUGCCCUCCUUGGAGGUGUGGCCUUCUCGAAGGCUCAAUAUUCAAAAUACUCACGUUUUCUCAAAUGUCAAGAGCUUCUUCAAAUUGUGGAUAGGGAGCUCGACAAGCCAAGCGUCGAUGAUCUCAGCGUCACAGACUUUGUACAUCUGGAGAAACAGUUUGAAACUGCACUACUACAGACCCGAGCAACUAAGGAGACCACCUCUUAGUGGACUGAGACAAAUUUGCUUCUGGGGUCUUUAUCUAGCCUUCACGGAAAGGAGAAGCUGCUGGAGGAAGAGAAUAAAAUGCUGCAGGAGAAGGUAGAUUUGUGCGAGCAAGACGAAGACGGCGAUGAAGAUGCCGGCCUUUGAUCUGAAUGCGUUGCCGGGGGGCGAAACUGAGUGAUUAGCUCUGGCUCUCAGAAUGUAGCAAUUCAAAAAUACUCAUUCAAGAAGAUAUGAAGUAAUUCUUGUACCAAUUCUUGUGUGCAUUACUAUUUAUCAUAUAUCAUAUACAAUAAGCACAAUAAAUAUUUCUCUUGCUUGUUUAUCACAUUCUGAAAGCCAGAGCUAAUCAAACAUUUUCCUCUUUUCUCCA